AUGCCGUCGCUCCCCACCUCCUUCAAGCUCAACAACGGCCUCAGCAUCCCCAGCGUCGGCCUCGGCACGUGGCAGAGCCCCAAGGGCCAGGUGCGCGACGCCGUGUGCGCCGCGCUCAAGGCCGGCUACCGCCACAUCGACUGCGCCUGGGGCUACCAGAACGAGGGCGAGGUCGGCGAGGGCAUCCGCCUCAGCGGCGUGCCGCGCGAGGAGAUCUGGAUCACCAGCAAGCUCUUCGAGUUCCACCACAAGCACGUGCGCCAGGCCGUCGAGGACACGCUCCAGAAGCUCGGCGUCGAGUACCUCGACCUCUACCUCAUGCACUGGAACGUCGCCCUUGAGCCCGACGUGCCGGCCGACGGCUCGCUGCCGCGCGCGCCCAAGCGCAAGGAGAACGGCAAGCCCAUCGUCGACCGCGAGCUGUCGGACAACCCGCUGCCGUGCUGGCGCGACCUCGAGGCCCUCGUCGACGCCGGCCUCGUCAAGUCGAUUGGCGUGAGCAACUUCAACAUCCGGCGGCUGCGCGCGCUCCUCAAGGACGCCAAGAUCAAGCCGGUGGCCAACCAGGUCGAGCUCUCCUUCACCUGCCCGCAGCCCGAGCUGCUCAAGUUCUGCAUCAGCCAGGACGUGCUCCCGCAGGCCUACAGCCCGCUCGGCUCCACGGGCGCCAGCCACGCCAGCCUCGACGCCAUCGAGAAGCUCGCCAAGAAGCACAACUGCGAGGGCGCCAACAUCCUCAUCUCGUGGCAGGUCGCCCGCGGCGCCAACGUGCUCCCCAAGUCCGUCACCGCCUCGCGCAUCGCCAACAACCUCAAGCUCGUCGACCUGUCCGACGACGAGGUCGCCGAGCUCGAGAAGCAGGCCGCCGCGCAGCCCUUCAAGAAGGUCUGCGACCAGUCGGAGGACUUCGAGUACGACAUCUACGAGGCCGACCACCCGCAGAACAACGACAAGGCCCAGGCCAACCUCUGA